AUGCGGUUACAGCUGCUAAUCUUCGUGUUGUUUGCAAAUCUUGCCGUUUCGCGGAGGCACUACAAAGGUCGAAAAUACGAUUUAACACUUUUUGUCAGGAAUCACAACGUCUCGGAUGCCACAUUUUUUCGGCUUGUCGGCGUCGACAAUACCGCUGAUUUCAACGUGUCGGCUGGCAACACAUUCGAGCACACAUUUGAGGUGCGACGCAAAGGCUACUGGACGCUAUUCGUCGAAUUUCCCGGUGAUCGAUACGCGAAAUCGCCAAGAAAAAUAAUCAGUCGCGAUUCAUAUCGUAAAUGGGUGAUGGAGGUCUAUUACUAUCCGGGCGCCGUCGGCUUCUCCGAAUGGCACAAAUUAUCGCGACGCGGCGAAUUGCACAUUCAUCAUGGUUGA